AUAUAUAUAUAUAUAUAUAUUUAUUAGAGGUAGACCGAUAUAUCGGUAUAUUAAUAGGUGCCGAUAGUUGCUAAUAAUGUUUUCAUAAUUUCAUAUUUUCAAAAUAAAGAGUCCCGGUGUGUUUCGGUCUUGUUUAUACUUAAAAGUUAUGGAUUUUGGUUGAACAAUAAACUGCAUUAGGGAUUUUAUUCAUUUUACACUCUUUAUCUGUGCCUGCCAUAGUAGGAAAAGAAUAAGAACGUUUUUUUGACAUUUUAUAAAUCGAUUUUCAAAACUAUCAGCCAAUUAAUCGGUUAUCGUCUUUUCCCACCACCUUCGUUAUCUGUAUCAGCAAAUUCCAAUAUCGGUCGACCUUUAAUCAUAAAUGUAAAUAUUUUAUGCAGCAUUUAUAUAUAUAUGGAUAUGAUUAUUGAUAUAUGAUAUAUUUUAAUUAAAUAUUUAAAUGAGAUAUAUAUAUCCAUAUAUAUAUAUAUAUAUAUAUAUAUGGGUAUGAUUAUUGAUAUAUGAUUUUAAUUAAAUAUUUAUAUAUCAUGGUAGUAAUUCCUGUACUGCCUAUAUUAUAAAAAUGGUUGAAUACAGUUUUUUUUAUUUUUUAUUAUUGUAGUUCAGUCAAACAGCAUGGUUGUACAGUAUGAGAAUUUGUAUUGAGAAAAAUGAAAAAAAAAAAAAAAAAAAAGUAAAAUGUCUUUAUAAUUGACAGUUAUUAUAUAUGAUAAUUGUGUGGUGUGCUUAAUUGUUGCAAAAAUGUAUGCUACAGUGCAAAAUGUUCUAAUGCAAAAUAAAAUUUUGCUUUGAUUUUUUUAUUAAAUGUGACCUGGACAUGUUUUUCAUGAAAUUCAUGUUGAAUGAUGAAUUCAAAUUUUUGUACAUGUUUUAUUUUUAAGAUUCUUUAAGGAUUUGUUUGAAACUCAUCUGUCUUUCAGUUCUCAAAAGCAUCUUGAAGUACAUUCUCCAGGUUCAGGAUAAUGCUGAUUUGCUGCUAAAUCUCAACGGCGCAUUGAAGCCACAUCGUAGUUUCACUGAUCUUGGCAGCUCGAGUUGUUGGCUGACAAGUCAACCAGAGAUUAGUGCUGUAUAGUUAACCUGUAGUUAACAUUUAACCCCCUUCCUCCCUUUCUUUUACAGAAAAAGUUGUACAGAUUUUCACAAUGGAGUGAAAAAUGGUAAAUUAAAUGUAUACUGAGUCUUUUGAACGUGCAUUAAUUUUAUUCAUUUAAAUUAUAUAACCACUUUAUAUGUAUCUAAGCUUAGGGAAUGAUAGGGUUGGUGCCAGCUAUUUAACAGAGUGCUCGUGUGGUUUUUGUUUCAGAAAAAUCAGUCACACGUAUAACUGCUGUAAGUUAACGAAGAUAUUUAUAAUUUCAUUGUUUGGUUGUAAUUUGUAUGUAAAUAUGAAGAUGUUGUAUAUGUAGUUCACAUUUGCAAUACUAACAAGCUGUGUGUGAAAAUGAUGCUUUGCUCUUUUUCUAUCUUUAAUAUAAAACUGCAUUUGCUUUUGAAUACAAAGAUGGUACUUUUUGGGGUCAUUCUGUUUACUACAUUCAAUAUGUUACAAUCUCUCUACCUUUUAACCCUUGUGUUGUGUUCCUGGUCAAAAAUGACUGGCCAACUAAGAUUGUAUAUAUUAUCGCACGAUAAUGCUUUAGAUCUUUUUAACAACUUCCUUUUUAGUAAUUAUGACAGGUUUUGUGCUGCUUUUUUUUUUUUUUUUUUUACAUAUUUAACAUUUUAUAUAUAUAUAUAUAUAUAUAUAUAUAUACAGUUGUGCUCAAAAGUUUGCAUACCCUGGCAUUGAUUUUGAAAAUAUGACUGAUCAUGCAAAAAAACUGUCUUUUAUUUAAGGAUAGUGAUCAUAUGAAGCCAUUAAUCAUCACAUAGUUGUGUUGGAAUGCGACUGUUGUCUUGACGAAAAGAUGACCAUGCUGGUUGCGUACUUCCAUAAAUUCAAAAGUUUUAACUCAUGUCGGAUUUAAUCUGAAAAUAAAGCCAAAUAGAUUUAAACAUGCACAGUUAUUCAAAAUUUUAAAAACGUAUUAAAAAUGAUUGAACAACACAUUGGAGUCUACUGCUAGAUGAAUUUCUUUGCACCCAUCUAAGUUCCAAUAUAGUAUGACAUUGAUUUACUUUAGCAGAUUAAUAUUAUAAUCUACUUUAACAUCUGUUGAAGAUUUGUGCAGAGCCCUCAAGAGCUGUCAGGUGUAACCUACUUUUCAUUCUGUGCUACACAGACACUUGAAGUAUUUACAUAUCCACAGCAGUCAAUGGCAAUGAUACCCCGCCCUUAACACAUGGACGACAAUGCAGUCUGGCUAUGAUCCGGCUUGUGUGACUACUACAGCGGUCAACAUUUCUAUCAGAUCACCUCUCUUUCUUCAGGGUAAUAUGACUUGGCAUGUGCAUGCUUAAUUUCACCUUCAUCCACUCAAAAAAUCAUUGGACUUGGGCUUCUGUGUUCAACUGAUGACUGAAUAUUCAUGCUUGCGUUUCUCCAGUUUUGAUAUCAGUAUUUAAGCUGUGUAUAGGACUGUAUUCCAAUUACUGCAGCAAUGAAUCAGUUCCAAAGGAAAUGGAUGAAGUUCUGCCAAAUACUCUGUUUUAUCUUGGUAAUGCUGGUUUGUUGGAUCUACUGGGUUUCAACAGGCAGAAACGAGGAGCUAUGGAAAAGAAAAGUUCAAAUAGAGGAGGCUGGCGAAUCACAAAAGCUAAAGUCAUCUUAUGAAGCAAGGAAGGACUUGGCCAUGAGUUCUGCUAUCAAAACACGAGAUUAUUCACGAUGUAUUUAUAUAGACCCGUUACCCAAACCUACCGCCAACACUUCUCAAGUGACAGUCCUCACCACAGUCACUCCAAAAGUGAACAGUAGUCCACCGCCUCCUGGUGAAGCCCCUCACAGGAAAGGAUACUAUCCUGAAGACCUCUUUACAUUGGAACAACGCAGGCACGGUUGGGUUCUUCUUCAUAUUUCUGGUAUGAUUUAUAUGUUUUUUGCCUUAGCCGUCGUAUGUGAGGAAUUCUUUGUUCCAGCUCUUGGAAUCGUUACGGAAAAGCUCCACAUCCCAGAAGAACUCGCAGGAGCCAACUUCCUGAUCUCAGGGGGCUUUGCUCCAGAGUUCUUCACCUCGCUCAUCGGAAUCUUUCUCUCCCACAGUAAUGUGGGUUUUGGAGCCAUUGUGGGGUCGGGAUUUUUCAACAUUCUCGUUGUUAUUGGCAUGUGUGCUUUGUUCUCAGAGGAGAUGCUCAGUCUGAAUUGGUGGCCACUACUUAGGGAUGUCACCUUCUACACAUUUGACCUGCUAAUGCUCAUCGUGUUUUUCCUGGAUGACAUCAUCACCUGGUGGGAAAGUGUACUACUUCUGCUGGGUUGUUUGGCAUACAUGGUCAUCAUGAAGUAUGAUGAGCUUCUAGAAGGAACCGUUAAAUCGUUCCUUCAAAAACACAACAACAUUGCUAAAGUUCUCGCUAUUGAUGACCCUGAGGAGUUAAGGCCUGAUGUGUUCAGAGGAGGCGGUUCAGAUUAUCUGCGUAACUGCACGUCACGAAACACCAUCUAUCAGCUUAUAAUUCACGCCACCAACCCCUUCAGAGAAGGUUUGGUCAAGAGGAAAACAGCAUUGAAAACUGUGCAGGUGUCAAACCCAGCAGAACCCUCCAAAAUGAGAGAUGAAGAACAACAGAGUUCAGAUUCUGAGACAUCUGGGGGCUCUGAGAGCGAGGAUGAAGAGGAUGACGAGGAUGAUGACAGCAGCAGCAGUCAGGGGGAUGACAGUGAUGCCUCUGAUGAUGAAGAUGAAGACAGUGAGAAUGUUAAUGAGCCGCUGUCUCUUAAAUGGCCAGAAUGGGAACACAUUCAUGUUCCAUAUGUUCUGUUGUUGCCCAUCACCGUUUCGCUGUGCUUUACUCUCCCUGAUGUCCGCAAACAGGCCUCCAAAAAACAUUUUGUGGGAACGUUUCUUGGUUCCAUCCUAUGGAUCGGGGUGUUCUCCUAUUUCAUGGUGUGUUUGGCUCAUCGGGUGAGUGAGACAGUUGAUGUAUCUGAGGAGGCAAUGGGUCUGACCAUCCUGUCAGCGGGCAUCUCUCUACCUAACGCCAUCACCAGUGCUAUAGUGGCACGGAGGGGAUUGGGUGGCACGGCUGUGUCCAGAUCCGUGGGCACCAAUGUGUUUGACAUAACUGUCGGGCUGUCAGUGCCGUGUCUGCUGUAUUCAAUAUUCACUGGUGGUCGUGCCGUGUCAGUCAGCAGUAGUGGCCUCUUCUGUGUCAUUGCAGUGCUCUUCCUCAUACUGCUGUCUGGUGUCACCUCCAUUGCUGCUUUCAAGUGGAGAAUCAACAAAACGUUCGGUCUUAUUAUGCUCAUGUUGUACCUUCUCUUCCUAUUUCUCAGUGUGCUGCUAGUGUGAAUGAGUUUAGUGUGAGCUCAAUUACUGAUCUAUUUCAGUCUAUGCCUGAAAAGCAAGACAGACAAAUUCUAAGGCAAACUAAAUCAGAUUUUUUUGGGGUGUAUCCGACUCAAAUCUAUUCAGUUUCUGUUGACUGAAUGGCCAAAAAAAAAAAAGUACAUGAACAUUUUUUUUUCACAACCAGUGUUUCAAGUGUUUAUGAGAUGCCCUUAAUCUUCAAUAACUCUAAAGCUUUCUGCAGAAAUUGUCCAUCUAUAUGUUUUGACGACUUUAUUUUUCCAUUUGUUGAUUCUUUGUUCUUAUAUCCUCAUUUUUAUGUUUCAUUAAAUAAACAAAGACUAUUUACUGCCUCAUUUCUGGAAAAAAUCUCACAAUUAUAAACAUCACAAAUCAACAUGUAACAAAAAAGUAUAAUAGAGAAAAAAAAAUCAGUUAGCUAGAAACAUUCAACAAUAGAGCUGUUCAGCUGUGACUUCAAUUUGUAGGCGAACCCGAAGUCUAAUUCAACAACAAAAAUUACACACAGUCAUACAGUGGCAAAAAAAGUGUGUGAACCCGUUGGAAUUAU